AUGGCCACAACCAAUUCCAUAACCUCCUCAACAUCAAACACAACAUUGUCUCCUUUUGAUAUUACCACCAACUCUACAACAACUUAUUUGCCUUUAAAUAAUCAAUUAAUUCCGCCUGUUUCUUCAAAUCUAAUAUUACCUUCAGAAAGGUUUUACAAUCCAAGUUUAUUUAAUUUGAGUCAACAACAACAAGUUUUUAAUGCUUCAGAAGCGUUGCCUGGAUUAUUGGCUUCAAUUUUACAAAAUCGUGACCAACGCCACUCUUCUUCUUCAACCUCUUCUCUUCCCCUAUUUUGUGAAUUAACUUCUAAUUCUCUACUCUCUCAACAGCAGCAAUUACUUGCGAUAAUUAGGCAGCAAAAUCAAUCUUCUCCAAUUUCACAAUUUUAUUCAACAACAGACUUGACACAACAGAAUUAUUUUAAUGGAAUACAGGCAAAUGCAUUUGAAAGCCUUACUCUCGCAAAUUAUCAAAAACUUGCUGCAAACAGAAAUGUUGGAAUAAAAUCUGAGGUGACUUCGCCAACAUCACAAAUUAACGGAAUUGAAGCAUUAAAUAUUUCUCCAACAAUAAAUAAUUUAAAUAAUAAUUUUUCAACAAAUAAACAACAAAGUUUGGCGUCUUUGGAACAACAAUUGCUUGUUCUCCUCAAUCUUCAGCAACAGCAACCCCAACAUUCCCAAAAUGAUUGUACUUCAACUCCUAACAAUUUAAAUGUUGCAACAGUUAUUAAUAAUGUUUUUGGAACUAGAGAAAAUUUGAUAAAUAAUUCUGCAAAUUUACAGCAAAGUACUCAACAAAAUUCUUUGGAGUCUUUCCACUUUAAGGAUGAUAAGAUCCAGGAACGCAAAAAUUGCUCAAUUCGACGAAGCUCUUCUUCCGUCUCCUAUUACAAAACUUGUAGUAAUUCUAAUGCAGAUGUUAGUGAACACUUUAAAAGAACAUUUUCUGGGAAAUGGCCAAAGAGGACAUCAACAUCUUUGCGUUUUGGAAGGAGUGGAGGGAGUAGUGGGGCCACAAUAAUUUCGAAAAAUUCGAAUAAAGAGGGUAUUAAAGAAGGAUUUGAAGAAAAUAGUCAAGAUAAGGAUUUAUUAAUGGAAGUAAAAACAGAAGAAAAGGAGGAAAUGGAGAAGAUAUUGACAAUAAAAAGGGAAGAAAAGAGUCCUUUGAGUACUUUUAAAAAUGAAGAGAUUUUACAAGGAAAAGUAUCUAGUGGGAUAAAUUGUCAUCUUGGUCAAAGAGUUGGAUAUACAGUUAUUAGAAGGCUUAAUUUGGCUAGUGAAGAUAAACAAGUGGAGGAACACUUUCGCAAAUCCUUGGGAGAUGAUAGAUUCAAACAAAUAAGAAAUAAUCAGAGGUACAAUCAAGAGGAUGACACUAAUGCUAUGGAUGAUGACAUUGAUGUUUAGGGAGAUUUUUAGUAUAUUUUUUAUUAGAAUUUUUAAAUUAGGGAUUUGAUGCAUUUAUUUUUAGUCUUUUUUAAACUUGGUUAAGAAUAGAGACUGGUAAAAAGAUUUUUAAAAAUUUGGGACUUGCGGACUUUUUUGCGGACAAGCUCCAUAAUGAAUAUUUUUCGUCUAUUUUUUAGUUUCAUUUUAAAAGUGAAUGUGGG